UACAUUAGAUAGGUACAUAAGGUAGGUGGGUACAUGUACCUGGUAAUCUAAGGUACGUACCUUCCCAACUCCGACUUCUUGUGCUGAAAAUUCGCAGCUUUCUGGACCUUCGCAUCCCUCAUCUCGUUCGUUGGCUCUGAGAUAUUCGUCUCUGUCAACCAACCCAAAUUCUUCGCCGACCGCAUUUUCUAUUUUCUAUUUUCUUGGGCUUCAUCGAUUGCAUUUUCCCUUUAAAGGGAGAAAGCAUUUGACUAAGCGUCUUGAUAAUAAGGAAAUACAAAGCGCUCGCAAAGUUUAGCCACGAUGAACGGAGCCAGCGGCCAUUAUGGCCAGCCAAACCCUUGGCAAGAAUACAAAAGCCCCGAUGGACGCGUUUAUUACUAUAAUUCAAUCACUAAAGCGACACAAUGGACAAAACCAGAAGAUUUGAUGUCGCCUGCCGAGCGCGCUUUGGCGAACCAGCCAUGGAAGGAAUACACCGCAGAAGGCGGGCGCAAGUAUUGGUAUAAUACCGAAACGAAGCAAAGUUCUUGGGAGAUGCCCGAGGCUUACAGAAAAGCAUUAGGCCAUGACGCUACACCUUCGACACCCACGCCGGCUACCUCAUAUACUCCCAAUAAUUCAUUUUCGAACUCCAACUACGAUCACUAUCGCGAUCACCGAGAGAGUUUCCCCGAGUCUCGUCAGUUGACCCAUGGCAGUGACUUGCGUGUCCAGGCAUUUGUUCCCGCGAGCAACGAACCCGAAUAUGCGACCCCUGAAGAAGCUGAGGCUGCUUUCGUGAAAUUGUUACGUCGGAGCGGUGUGCAGCCCGAUUGGACCUGGGAACAGACUAUGCGGGCUACGAUCAAGGAUCCUCAGUACCGAUCUAUCAAGGACCCUAAGGAUAGAAAAGUUGCCUUCGAGAAGUAUUGCCAAGAUAUGGUUAUUCAAGACAAGGAGCGCGCAAAGGAUAGGCUGACAAAACUUCGUGCUGAUUUUGCUACUAUGCUCAAGAGUCACCCUGAGAUUAAGCAUUAUACGCGUUGGAAAACUGCCCGUCCCAUCAUCGAGCGCGAAACAAUCUUCCGCUCAACUAAUGAUGAAGACGAGCGACGUCAGUUAUUUGAGGAUUACAUAUCAGAGCUAAAGAAGGUCCACGUGGAGAGUCAGGCCAGUAUCAGGAAGAGUGCGAUGGAUGGUCUCAUUGAUCUUCUCCCUAAGCUCAACCUGGAGCCCUACACGCGCUGGUCCGAGGCUCAGAAUAUUCUCAAAGCAACUGCUCCUUUCCAGAAUGAUGAGAAGUAUAAAACUCUUACCAACUUUGAUAUCCUGACUGCUUUUCAAAAUCAUAUCAAGUCCUUGGAACGGAGCUUUAACGAGACUCGACAGAACCAGAGGAACAAAAAGCUCCGUGUCGAGAGGAAGCGACGAGACGCGUUCACAGAAUUGCUUCAGGAACUCCGUAGAGCUGGUAAGAUUAAGGCCGGAACUAAAUGGAGUCAAAUAUACCCCUUGGUCGAGAAUGAUGAACGAUUCAAGUCGAUUUGCGGCCAGGCUGGAUCAAGCCCUCUUGACCUGUUCUGGGAUAUCGUCGAGGAAGAGGAACGAGCCCUUCGCACAACACGGAACGACGUGCUGGAUGUUAUGGACGACAACCGUUUUGAGUUCACCCCCAAGACCACUUUCGAAGAGUUUUCAUCUGUAUUGAAAAAUGAUCGACGUACUGCUAACAUUGAUGGCGAUAUAAUAAUGCUGAUAUUCGAACGGCUUCAGGAAAAGAAGUCUAAACGGUCUGAUGAGGAUAAGCACUCUGAGAGGCAGCAGAGGAGGGCUAUCGAUGACCUCCGGUCUUAUAUUAAGCAUGUAGACCCGCCAAUUACCGCAGACGAUACUUGGGAAAAGGUUCGACCACGUCUUGCCCGCGCAGCCGAAUUCCAAGCCGUCAAAUCCGAAGAUGCCCGCCGUGGUGCAUUUGAGAAGGUCCUUCGCCGAAUCCGUGAUCGGGAAGAUGAAGAUAGGGAUCGUCAUAAACGCCGUGAACGGUCUAUUGAUCGUGGUACGUACCGAGAUAGAGAUAGAGGAGAUCGUUCUCACCGUAGUGACCGCGCACGACCGCCACGCCAUAGCCGCAGCCCGGAGCCAGAUGCAUAUGAAGCAGACCGCCGCAAAGCUAUUGCUGAGCGCGAGAAGAAUUAUCGUAAGUCUAGCAUGGCUGAGAGUUUGUUAUCUGACCGUCGGCCGUCGGAUUCUUAUCGAGAACGCGAUGUCCGGGACCGUGAUCGAGAUCGUGAACGCGACCGCGAUCGGGACCGCGAGCGUGAACGUGAACGGGAUCGAGAUAGGGACCGAGAUAGGGACCGAGACAGGGACAGGGAAUACCCACCUCGGUCUCGACGUGAGGAUCCGCCGAGCCAUUAUGACAGAGAAAGACGGGACAGGGAAGAAGAACGAGAGCGGCAGUAUCGGCGUCGCGUUGAAAGAGGCCCCGUCGAAGAACUGCCUUAUGGUGAUGAACGUCCGACCUCAUCUCGACGCCGCCGAGCGGAAGAUGAUGACCUCGAUCGUCACGACUCUAGAGACUCCAAGGUAAGAUUCAACUCUCCCCAUCACUAGUCACAACCGACUAACGCAAAAUGCAGAGACUGAGAAGAGAGAGAACACCCCGUGAGCGUUCCCCCCACCGUGAACCUCGUCCUAAAACUAGGACUCCGCCAGCAGUUCAGCCGCCUACCAAAGAUGACACUGGUGUACACUCCGGUAGCGAAGAGGGUGAAAUCGAAGAAGACUAGGCUUUUGAUUGAUCUAUACAAUAUAUCCUUGAUAUUACUCCCCCCCACCCCCUAAUUGAUUCCUACCCUCUAAGCUCCAACGAUAGCCUUAAGCCGAGAUUAGACGGCCAAAGUCCACUACAUAACCGCAGCAUUUGCCGUACCUAAGCGUCUCCAAGCAAGAUAUGAGCAGCUCGGACCUAGUCUUGGCCAUCAAGGCUCACCAAUAAACUGAAAAGUACGUGUCAAUUUCCGACUACGUUCUUUGUGGAGCUUAGAUGAUUUGGGACACCCGGAUGCAGCUCGGAAACUCGCCAUCGUAUACUCCUCGCCCUCCCACAGCAUCGCCGUUGAGCAAGGCUAAAAGAAAACUCGCACACCUCUCCCUG